AUGAGCUGUGGGAUAUAUAAGCUUCCCGGGUACCAGGAACAUCAUCAUGGCGGCGUCACUCAAGCCGGUGCUGCCUCUAUUGCCGCCGCACUUCGGUCUCCCUCUAGCCUCCCUUCCUCGACUCUAGCGGCCACUGUUCACAACGGCCUUCGACAUCAGACCCUCAAGUCCAAUGAUCACCAUCUACAACAACGCCACCACGUCUACCACCAUCCUAUCAAUUCGUUGUUGCUGACUCGCUGCCCGUCGCGUCAUUCUCUCCCCACCGCCACCGCCGUCAUGGAUCACCGACGUGUCAAGACGUUUAGCACGAGCAUGCUUGAAGGUCUCUGUGCUGGUUCUUGGGGUCUCUGGGCUGGGGCUCCUAGUGCUAGGGUGCCUGUGCUGGGUCUUGAGAGCUUAGCUGGGCUGGAAGUUCUGGGCUUAGAGUUCUAUGCUCGGGUCUCUGUGCUGGAUCUUGGGUCUCUGGGCUGGCGUCGACCUUGCCGUGGUCCAGGGGCUCUAUUACCCCAGAGUCCGAUCCUCUGGGGGAAGCCAACAGACGCUACUAACAGUUUGUUUACAGGUGUCGGCAUCGUCGUCGUCAACCAAGCGACCCCUGGGAAAGCGUCGACCUUGUCGUGGUCCAGGGGCUCUAGUACCUCAGAGUCCGAUCCUCUGAGGGAAGCCAACAGACGUUUACUAACAGUUUUACUUCAGAUGUGCGAGUGUGACUGUGAGCAACCAGACUUAAAGUACAAGACGCUCGACGCCCUGAUCACCGACAUCAUCGUCGCCAACCAAGCGACGACAUUCCUCAAAAGCCUCAAGACUCCCCUGGGAUAG